CUGGCCCCGACACUCAGCCUGGCUGUGUGAAGGGCUCCCGACACCAUGGCUCCAGGCAGGCGAGUGUGAGCCUCCGGCUGCCCGCAGCACUGGUGAGGGCAGGAAGAUGCCAACACUCCUGUGUCACUGCCUGACCUACGGUGUGCUGAGUGAUGGAUUCCUUCUGCUUCAUCUGCUUCCAGAAAGAGGAGCUGCAGCCGCUGCACCUGCACAGCGCAGCCAUGAGUGCAGGUUCGAUUGAGCAGGAGCCGUCGCGCAAGCUGGCCUGCUGCGGGGUGCCCCUCAUCACUGAGGACAUGCAGUCCCUGGCCAUCCGCACCCUCUCAGGCACUGACAUCAGCAAGCACUACGACCUCAUCCGUGAGCUCGGCAAGGGCACCUAUGGCAAGGUAGACCUGGUGUCCCACAAAAGCACAGGCACCAAGAUGGCCCUGAAGUUCGUCAAUAAGAGCAAGACGAAGCUGAAGAACUUCCUGCGGGAGUUCAGCAUCACCAACACGCUCUCCUCCAGCCCCUUCAUCAUCAAGGUCUUUGAUGUGGUCUUCGAGACCGAGGACUGCUACGUGUUUGCUCAGGAGUAUGCCCCCGGUGGGGACCUCUUCGACAUCAUCCCGCCACAGGUGGGGCUCCCCGAGGAGCUGGUGAAGCGUUGUGUGCAGCAGCUGGGCCUGGCCCUCGACUACAUGCACAGCAAGAGCCUGGUGCACCGGGACAUCAAGCCAGAGAACGUGCUGCUCUUCGACCGUGACUGCCGCCGUGUCAAACUGGCCGACUUCGGCAUGACCCGCAAGGUGGGCUGCCGGGUGAAGCGCAUCAGCGGCACGAUCCCCUACACGGCGCCCGAGGUGUGCCAGGCCGGGCGGGCAGAGGGCUUCGCCGUGGACACCAGCAUCGACGUCUGGGCUUUUGGGGUGCUCAUCUUCUGCGUCCUUACCGGCAACUUCCCCUGGGAGGCGGCGGUGGCGUCGGACGCCUUCUUCGAGGAGUUUGUGCGGUGGCAGAAGGGGCGGCUGGCGGGGCUGCCCUCGCAGUGGCGGCGCUUCACGGACAGCGCCCUGCGCAUGUUCCAGCGCCUGCUGGCCCUCGACCCUGAGAAGCGCUGCCCAGUCAAGGAGGUUUUCUACUUCAUCAAGUGCGACCUGAUGGCUGAGGUGCGGUGCCGACCCUCCUACCGUUCCCGCAAGCACGCCAGGGACAAGCUCCCGGCCGGGCCGCACUGCCAUGAGGCAGCCGGGCCCUGCACCCCUGCCCCACUCAAGAGGACCGUGCUGACCGAGGGGAGCAGCCCUCGCGGCCCCGAGCCGAGCGUGGCGUCCCCGGGCACAGCGAGCAGGACAGACGGACGGCAGGACAAGGGCAAAGGGCAGAUGGUCCUGGCCACAGCAAUAGAGAUCUGUGUGUGACGGCACCAGGGCAGCUAGUGGUGCCCGCCUGUCCUGUCCCCCCACCAUGGGGAUGGGGAUGGGGGGUGCUGCUCAUGGUGGUGGCAUGAGCCGGGACCAGGCCCCGGGUCUCCCAAAGGAAAACAAGUUACAGAAAGCAAGAGAAAAAGGACAAAGCUGGCUGCACUCUGCAGCACUGAGGAUGCUGAUCCCCCCACUUCCUGCCUGGCGGCAGCACGGCCAAGACCACUGCUCACUGCCCAUGAAGAUGCUGGUGCCCCAGCUCCUGCCACCCACAAGCCUCCCCCAGGGUGGUCCAGGAGGGGUAUCCCAGUGUGGGGAGAAUGCACUGAGGAGGCUGCAUGCCUGGGGUUCACUGCCCAGGGUGGGGGGUCCAGGGCAGUUGGUACCCAAUGGCUCUCCCCACCCCAUACUCGAGGGAAGGCCGAUGACACUGCGUAUGGAAGAGGCCUUUGGGGAGGCUUUAACCCCUUCCACCUGUCCCUGCCCCAUUGGUGGGGCCCAGGAAGUGAUGGAGGGCUGGUGAUGGGGAGCUGGGGGUCACCAGCUGCCUCCCUGCCGCUGGCAGCCAUUGAUGUAGCAGUGUCCCUGUGUGUUGUUGUGUGUCCCGACCGCCAGCAGCCCCGGCCCGCCCUGCCCUGCCGCUGGCAGCCCCAGGCCCCCACAGAGGGACUGGUCCCCUUGCAGCCGGGAGCUGAGCUCCGCGGUGCCAAUGUCCAGCAGGUUGGAUGCUCGGCAUGGGUGGCUCUGCCAUGGUGGUGUCCCCUUGUCCUCUCUGCAGACAUUUUGUACCCAGGGACUGGCAGAGGUGGUGGUGGCGCAUCUCCAUGCUGGUCUGCACAACCUGGGGGCUUUGAGCAGAACCAAUCCUGUGUUGUCCCCAUCGCCCUUCCUUGCUGUCACCCGUUCCCCAAACCCCCAUUACCUUCCUGUGGGGCUGGUGGGGAGGCAGCAGCGGGGUGACCCCCCAAGGCUGGCUGCAGCAGGGCAGGGCGGUGGUGGCAGGACCCGCUGAUGGCCCCUUAGGGACAAAGUCAUGGGGUGUGUGUGGGGUUCACAACUCCCCUCCUGGUUUUGGGGGGCUCAGGGGGCACCCCAAGACAGCAGCACCCAAUCCAUGGCAUGGUUCAGGCUUCCCUCCCAUCAUGGUGGGUGCCAUAGGGACCCCUUCUGUUCCCUUGGGCGCCCCAAUUCCCACACAAAGGGCUAUCCAGCUAUCCAGCAGCAGCAGUUUACACAGCGGGCGGGCGCCCGGCUGGCCCCACCACCGCCGCUGCCCCCAUCCCUGCGGCCCCCCAGGGCCGGGUUAGAAGUAGCAUUGUCCUGAUGUAGAGACGCUAGGCGCGGACUUUCCUCCUUUUUGCCUUAGGUCCCUCGAUGUCCUCGAACUUUUCGUGCAAUAAUGUAGAUGCGGGGCUGCGGCCGCCCCGGGGAGGGCCGGGCUGAGCCUCCUGCUGGGCCUGCCUCUGGUUCCUGUUCUCGUCGAGGUCGCUGUGUCCGUAGGUUGUCGGGUUUUUAUUUCCUGUUCCCUCGGCUGUCGGGUUUCGGACCUUCUUCCCGUAGGAGAGGCUGUAGUGUCACAGACGUUACCUCAGUUUGUCACUGUUGAAAAGGAUUAAAAAACAAAACACAAACCACAAAUAAUAAGCAUAAAAAAAUGGCAAAAUACAUAGUUAUAAAAGAACAAAAACAGUC